GAUAAACGUAAAGAUAUAACGCCCAUAAGAUUCCAAAUUUACAAUUCCCCAAAUAUUAUCACAACAAAUUCGUUGGCACGUGUGCUCGGGGAAAUGGCCGGGAAAUUGGGAGGCUUCUGAGGAUAUUACUCCUGAUUGGUUUGAAGAAUUCCUAAAAUGAGGUUCCAAACACAAUAACAGGAUGAUUCCACGAAGUUACUUGCAUUACAAAGCAAUCAUAACAUGAUGUAAAAAUAAUGACAAACCUACCAAACAGGAACUCUUCCCGUCUUUACUCUAAACAUGAUCGUAACAUAGAAGGAACCAAGUACAAAGAUGUCGAAAAUAAAACCAAAGAUCCCAGCGAAUUUAUGAUGCUGGUUGACGAUUUCAGUGAUUACUUCUACGGCAAUGCUAGUCACGAUGUAUUUAUUGCUCACAACCAAACACUAGAGGUAUUAAACGAUGUUUACAGUAACUGUACGUUUAACGGAACGUUCAAUGUGUCGUGUUUCGGGAGAGUGGAGACGGUUCCACAAUACAACUAUUGGGGCUUAUUGCUGUUGAUCUUCCCGUUUUUUACGUUGUUCGGUAAUGUGUUAGUGAUUAUGAGUGUGGUGCGGGAGAGAACAUUGCAGACAGUGACGAAUUAUUUCAUAGUGAGCUUGGCGGUAGCUGACCUUCUAGUGGCGGUCGUGGUGAUGCCGUUUGGAGUUUACUAUCUGGUACACGGUUCCUGGGGCCUACCGGCCUUCGUGUGUGACGUGUAUAUCGCGAUGGAUGUGACGUCGUCAACCUCCAGCAUUUUCAAUCUGGUCGCCAUAUCUGUCGAUAGGUACAUAGCAGUAACCCAACCAAUCAAGUACGCUAAACACAAAAACAAUAGGCGAGUUUGGUUCACCAUUGUCCUGGUGUGGAUGAUCUCUGCAGCAAUAGGAGCGCCCAUCGUUCUAGGACUGAAUGACACACCAGACAGAAAUUACGACGAAUGCCUCUUCAACAGCCUCAACUAUGUGUUGUAUUCGUCGUUGGGGUCUUUCUACAUACCCUGUAUAAUGAUGAUGUUCCUCUAUUACAAUAUUUUUAAGGCUUUAAGAAACCGUGCCAAGAAACAGAGAGCAGCCAAGAAGCCUCCGAUAUCAGGUGAACCAACAGGAACCACAGCUGCCGUGGUUAUCGAAAACGUAGCUCAAACUAGACAGUUGGAGACAGCUAUAGAUGAAAGACCGACAAAUACAGGCUCUGGCAGCAAUGAAGAUGACCAUGAAGAUAGUUUCGACAAGCGGUCUGUUGAGAUGGAGGUAUACACGGAAGAGUGUCACGUGAUUCCUAACGAUAAAUCCACUGAAUUCAUGUUAGCCACACUAACUGAACAAAGCACUAGAACCCCGAGAAAAAAGGUAAAACCCCAAACCAUUCAGGAUCCAAACGGAAACAACGACUCCGGGUAUGCUCCCUCCAAUCUGGAGGAUACUAUUAGGGAACACAUGACCCCUCCAGGGUCUCCCCCAGUAAAAGAUGCCACUGUACUGAGAAAUAUGGCCUGUGAUACGUGGAAGAAGAAUGGCAAGAGACUUGAACCGGAUACAAGAUGCGCGUCAAUCGCUUUUCGUUCUGAAGAUGACCUGGGGUCCAGUCACUACGACCUCCGAGAUGGCACAAAUAGUAAAAAAGAAAGGAAAGCAAGCUCCACGGCCAGGUUCACUAUCUACAAAGCGAAUAAAGCAAGCAAGAAGAAACGAGAAAAGUCCUCCGCGAAAAAGGAAAGAAAAGCAACUAAGACACUGGCUAUAGUUUUAGGUGUGUUCCUCUUCUGCUGGACACCGUUUUUCACCUGCAACGUACUGGACGCGAUUUGCGCUAAAUUUGGUCUUCAGUUCACACCGGGAGUCACCGUCUUCAUUCUCAACACUUGGCUAGGAUAUAUCAACUCCUUCCUCAACCCAGUUAUCUACACGAUAUUUAACCCAGAGUUUAGAAAAGCCUUCCGGAAAAUCUUGAAGUGCAGCACCUAGCGUCUGGAUUACGUGGUCGUCUUCGCUCAGUAGUUCAAUUAGAAAUAUUAGAAGGCAUGAGCAAUUUUAUUUGGCUAUCAAAAGACGAAAUAUAAAUGAUUGUAAUAUAAAUAUAAAGUCUCUCUUAUUAAAAUUGCAUUAUAAAUUAAACGCUAACAACGAACACUAUGGACGGCGGCCAUAUUGUGAUCAUUUAUAAAUAGCAUAUCGACUGCUUUAGCAUAACCGUUUUCUCCAACUAGUUUUGUAACUAUCUACAAGUAGUUUUUCCUGUAAGAUUAGCUAUGUAAAAAGAUAUUUGUAUUCUGUCCUAUAACGCUUAACAUUAAAAUAUGCUUAUGUCUCAGAGAGCGACGUCACGAUGGGAUGGUUGUAUGGAAUAAAUAAUCCGGAAACAACAAAAGAAUAUAAAAGAAAAGAACUCAGUAAAUAAACUACGUUAGCGCGUCCUUUGUAUUUCAAAGCGGAGUGGAAAACAGAAUAUAGAACUUUCCACCUCUCUCAAGACAGAGAGUUAUAGUAAAGCUUUAACUAUACCCAUCAGUAUUACUACAAUAACUCCUAAAAAAUAACUUCUAAAUUUAAUUAUAGUUAAUAACUUGCCAAAAGUUUAUACGCUUCCCAUUUCUUUAAGGUUGUGAUUUUAUUUCAUAAUGUACGUGUUAUGUGUGUUUUAAGUUUAUAAUAAUUCGUAAGUGUUCAAAAAUUAACGAUUCAAUCAGAAAUAAGAUUAACUCUGGAAAUACUUAAAACAUGGAUCUCUUUUGCAAGACCUUUUAAAAAAAGUAAUAUUAAAUUACUUUUUUAUUUACUCACCACACGGGUACUAUAUACAUUAUAUAUACUUUAGAA